GAGGGGGCGAGCGCUGCCUCCUCCGCCCCUGCGGGAGCUGCGCUGGCCGCGCUGCUUCCGGGCCGGGCCGCGGCCAUGGCGACGCGCGCCAGGAAGGCCGUGUACCCGCUGUUCCAGCUGGGUGGCCCCCAGCUGCGGAUCUUCCGGCCCAACUUCUUCAUGCUGGCGGUGCGGCCCGGCGUGCCGCAGCCCGAGGACACCGUCCAGUUCCGCGUCUCCAUGGAAAUGACAAAAGUGGAUAUCAAGAAUUACCUUGAAAAAAUAUACAACGUGCCAGUAGCUGCUGUGAGAACAAGGAUACAGUAUGGUGCAAAUAACAAGAGGAAUCACAAGAAUCAGAGAGUGAAAAAGCCAGAUUACAAGGUCGCCUAUGUACAACUGUUCUCAGGGUGUAAUGUCUUGGCUGUUUUGAAUCAUGUCUGGCUGCCAGCCAAAAUCAGAAUUUCUUCACAAAACAAGAGCUGGAAAGAACCAAGUUGUCUACGCUGAUUUUGAUUUAUUAGAAGACUCCAGAUACAGAUUGACAUUUUCAGCUUAAUAUUUGACUUUCUCCAGUCUUCAAAUGACUAAAAGGUUUGUCUGGUUUCACUACAUGCUCUGUGCAUAUAUUUUUUUUGUUCCACCCCCCUUUAAAAUAAUAACUGUUUUGCAAUGCUUAGUGAAUUACCGUGGAUCUUGUUAGUGUGCUUUAGGGACAACUUUCCUUCAUUCUCCAAUAAGGGAAGUACAUUGGUGUUGGAAGGAUACCAGAAUGGAAGUGCUGCAUAACAAGAACAGUCCCUUACUACACUGUUACCAUUAUAAAUAGUUCUCAAAUUUUCAGUGUAGGUGGUAUGCCUAUCAUGUUAGCCUGAAUUGUUUUUGGAUUUGUUUAAUUAAAAUGGCUUCCACUCCAGGGCAGAUGAACCCUUACAAUUGGCUGUGUCUGUUCUAUAGGUACCACAAGGCUGAAUGACCCACCUGCAGUGCAAUUAAAGCAUAGUAAUUUUUUGUAAUAUAAACAAAUUAUUUUCCAAGUGAUUCAGUGUGCUGAAAUCUUGGGCAGUGCUUGGCCUCAAGGGUGGUUGCUGCUGAUCCUGCUACAGGAAGAGUUUCAGUAGGCUUUGGGAUUGCUCAAGGACAUUCAUAAGGCCAGUUUAUGUGCCUUGAAAUGGAACUAUGCUUCAACUGUCAUAGGACAGCUAUUAUAAGCAUACCUGCUGGUAAUUUAAAGGUACAAAAGAGUUGAAAGCAUGGAGUGUACACAGUGGAAAGGAAAACCUUGAUUUGUUCCAGUUGAUCUUAUCCAGGCUAGAAUUGAGGACAGAGCAAUGUACACAGCAGCUUGCUUCUUGUUUUUGUAGUAUGGUCAGGCUCUUAGGAAACCCCUAAGAAAUAUGCAGUAUGAAAACAUCAGGAGCAUUGAUGGGUAUGAGUUGGUAUUUCCUAGAUUCUAGUCUUGUUAAGCUCAACUGGGAUAAGUAAUGCUUUUUCUUUCCAAAGUGUAUGCUUGAGAUUGAAAUUCUUUCACACCUGUAAAUUAGCAAGUUGAGUGUAUAUGGCUAAAUGAAACAUAGUGCGCAUUCAGCUGGGUCAGGGGCAUGGUUGUGGAUUUAUUUGUUUUAAUUGUCACGUUUGUGAUCCCAAAAUGUAGUGUAGGUAGCUGUAUUGUGGAAGGCUCCUUUUUUUGUCCAUUGUGGGACCAUUCCAUAAUAGGGCCUCUUGUGUGAUUAUAUUAAUUGGACAAAUGUAAAGAAUGGCUAAUCUGAAAAAAACAAACCAGGUUUCAUCUGAAGCAAUUAAAUGGCUUUGUUGAGAUUUCUGUAUGUGGUAUGCUGCCAAAGAAGUUAAUGUAUGGUAAGGUUUGUAAGCAUUUUGGAGAGUAGUUUCAGAGUUAUGAGCUAUCGGUUAUGAGUUUUAUUAUGCAAAGUCCCAUAUGGAAUGGAAGGGCUGGUCUUUUUGCAUUUAAUGAAGUUGUGCUUAGUGCACGUGCCACUAAAAAGUGAGUAGAUAAUGUUAAUGGGAUAGAACAUUUCCACAGAUUAAUGGUUUCCUGCUGUUACAUAAAAAUGAGAGACCAAACAAAUGUUUAUUUUCCAAGUGGGAGACAUAGAUCUGAUGAUGAUGUUUUAUAGUAAAAUGACUUGUCUGUUAGGCAGAAUGACUAAUGCAGAUGUAAUCUCUUUAAUCUUGUCAAUGAUGUAUUAGACAAAUUGUUCCCACUGUAAUUGUUUUACACUAUAGUCUUUAUUCCUGUUGAUAAGAGACCUCUAAUACCUGUUAUUCUGUAUUUCCACUUUGCACCCUACAGUAACAGCUGCUCGGACUGUUCUCUCUUAUCCUUAGCUGCAAUCUAAACAACUAUAACCACUACCCAUAUCCUGAGUGUUAACAUAAUGAAUGCCUGCUCCUCCAUGUGUUUUCCUGGUGGUGUUACUUUAACAAAAUCUCUUAUUUUGCUCAUCUUGCUGUUAGUGUAUGACUCAUACAACAUCUUUGAGCUGGUUCAAAGUCUUUGAAAAGUUGUCCAUCUCCUAACCAUUCAUCUGUAAAAAAAUAUGUCAGUGUCUUCAUUAGCACACAAAAGAGCAGAGGCUUUUUUUGGGGGGGGAAGGAUAUAUGUGAGUCUUGAGGACAGGAGUGGAAAGAGAUCCUGGGAGGUAAGAGGUACCAUUUUACCUGAGCUGAAGCUUCAGGGUGGUCUUUCAUUGUAAGUAUAUGCAUCAUAGGUACUGCAGAAAGGCUGGAAUGUCUCUCUGACCAUUUGUUUUCU